ACUAAAGAAUCUAGUUCUAACUUCUAACCCAAUCAACAGGCACUGCUCCUCCUGUAGUCCUCGUUCAAUUCUUAAGAUUUGCGACUGCGUGGGCUCCGGAGAUAAGGGAACGUAGGGGGAGGGAGAGAGACGAAGCUCUCCUUCAAUCUUCAAGAUGAGAACCAGAGAAGCCCACUCUUCAAAGCCAAAAUACCCAUCACUGUAUUCAACCUGCCCUUCACUUCUAACACCUCAAGAUCCCUCCUUUUCUCUCUCUACAAAUUAUUCUUCUGGUCCUUCUGCAAGACUCUCUUACUCUGCCUCCACCACUACAGUCUCCCCUUUCUCUUUAUCCCUCAAGUCGGAUUUAGGGUUCUUUGGCUCUCCACGCAAUUCCCCUCUCAUGUUCUCUGCUCAUUUCUCUCUUUCCCCCCACAAACCCAUAUACUAUCAUCCCCACCUUCUCUAUCCACUUCAAGCCCCAAUUCGGCCACUUCUCUCUUCUCAAGACCACAUCUUCUAACCCUAACCCUAACCCUAAAUCAAAUUCUGGGUCCCACUCCAUUCCCGAGGCUAAUCCGGAUUCUGGGUCACGUUAAAAUGGUCUGUUUGGAGAUGGGUUUGUACGAGAUGGUUGGCAGGAGGUAAAGUUAGAACCUUGUGGUAGCAAUGACAAUGGUGAUGCAAAAGCUAAUUCUGAUUAUACUGGAAUUGGCCCAAUUGGGUUUAUACCAGAUAGGUCAAUGAGAGGAGUGGCUAUUAAGGCUAGGACAGUGUUGCCUGUGACAAAGAGGGUAGCAGCGAAUUUGAGGUGGGGAGUGAAUUUACCUGCAAAUUUGAGGGGAAAAGUUCCAUACUUGACUCUGGAUAAGAUAGGGAUAAUGAGGGUGGAGGACGUGAAAGUGGUGAAAACAAGAAUGAAUAAGAGUGAUGUGGGGGAUGUUGAGAUGUUGAAGGGUAUGUACUUUUGGAUGAAAAGGUACUUGGAGGUUUUGGAGAAGGAAAAUAUGGAGAUGAGACAGAGUUUGGAGGGGUUAAGAUUGGGAAUUUCAUCUAGGAAGUCACAUGGGGAGAGUAAUGGUGGUAGAAAAACAGCAUUGCCACCUCCUAAUGAUAGUUUGCAUCACUUUGAGCAGUGGAGUGGCAAAAAGAAUGGUGAACUCAGAGCCCAAAGAGAGUUGAAGAAGCCUGUCAAUCAGGUGAUUGAUUUGGAAAGUGAGUUGCAGAAGGCUAUCAAGGCUGCUUCCUCGUAGACCAGUAGCCAAGUACAUGCCUUGGCUCUCUACCUGCCAAUCUGUAGCAUAAAUAAGCAAGAUGUUGGCGGUCGUGGAAAUGAUGGAGCUUGAAGAUUAAGCUUAUGAUCUAUUAUUCUGAAAAUGGGAUGAAGGAAAAAGGGACCUCUUUGACAUGUGGAGGUUUUUGCUCUUAUCAAUAUCGAUCUUUGGAGAAAUUAUCCCAACAUUCUUUUCGUUACAUGAUAACAUUUUGCAAUUUGGUUCAAUAGUCCAAUAUAAGUAAAAUUUUCGUCUAA